GCCACCGUGAGCAGCUAUCUACACUCUCUCACCAUUGUGCCCGUCAGAACCGCUGCCACGGCUGGCUCGGCACCACAAAAGAGCACGCGCUUCUUCCCCGCCCAAAUCGAAACAAGGAGCCGGCACACAACCGCCCCGGCUCGCCUCGGAGGGCUCACCGAAUCCCGAACCCCACGGCGCGAGUUCGCCGGAAGACGAGGCAUCAUCGCUUAUAGCUCUUUCAGCAUGGAGCUCUGCACAGCUUCUGUAUCUAUUUCACCGCAUCGCCCCAGUAUAUCAACGUCUAGCCGUCCAGUGCCAUAUACUCGAUAUGCCGGUUCAAGAUCCUGUAUUUCCAAAAGGACAAAGCGAUCUUCACUCUAUGUCAUCAAUGCUGCAUCAACUAAUGCCCUGCUCUCUUCUCGGACCCUACCCACGCAAACUAAUGGUGCAGCUGCGAAAGGCAUGCCCAGCAAAAAGCCCAACAGUGCACUGGAGCAACUUGAUAUCGAGCGUGGUGUCUGCAUGCCUUUCCGAAAGUACUCCCCGGAAAUGGUCAGGAGUAAAGUCUUGGGAUCAAGUGGCUCUGUACUAUCCCUCGCUAGUCGGGGGGUGGAGAUCAUUUGGAAACUAGGCUUUUAUUGGUCAUCUCUGGUGUAUGACUACUUGGUUGGACGGGAUGAAGAAAUCGUUCCGUUCCGUGCCCGCCAGCUCCGCAAUCUUUUAUGUGAUCUCGGGCCAUCAUUCAUAAAAGCAGGACAGGUUCUAGCUAACAGGCCUGAUAUUAUUCGUGAGGAUUAUAUGAGCGAACUGUGUAUCCUACAAGAUGACGUUCCUCCAUUUGCUAACCAGGUGGCCUUUUCCAUAAUUGAGGAGGAACUUGGCCAGCCUCUAGAACAACUAUUCAGCAAAAUUUCAUCAGAGACAAUAGCAGCUGCAAGUCUGGGCCAAGUCUACCGUGCCACACUAAGAGAAACCGGCGAGGAUGUUGCUAUCAAGGUUCAGAGGCCAGGGAUUGAGCCAAUAAUAUUCCGAGAUCUGUUCCUUUUCCGCACGCUGGCUUCCUUUUUGAAUGGGAUUAGCCUUCAAAAACUAGGCUGCAAUGCAGAGCUUAUUGUUGAUGAAUUCGGUGAAAAACUUUUGGAAGAACUUGAUUACACUCUUGAAGCUAGAAACAUCGAGGACUUCAUAGUAAAUUUUAAGAAUGAUCCAACUGUGAAGAUCCCUCUAGUAUAUAAUAAGUUUUCAGGUUCUCGUGUUUUGGUGAUGGAAUGGAUAGAUGGAAUCAGAUGCACUGAUCCGCAGGCUAUAAAAGAAGCUGGGAUUGAUGUAGAAGGCUUUCUCACAGUUGGAGUGAGUGCAGCACUGCGCCAGUUGCUUGAAUUUGGCCUUUUCCAUGGAGAUCCACAUCCUGGAAAUGUUUUUGCGAUGCGAGAUGGCCGUAUUGCUUACGUCGACUUUGGCAAUGUUGCCGUCCUUAGCCAGCAAAACAAAGAAAUCCUGAUUGAUGCUGUAGUUCAUGCUGUAAAUGAAGACUAUGCAGAAAUGGCAAAUGACUUCACAAGGCUUGGUUUUCUUGCUAGUGGAACAGAUGUUUCCCCAAUUAUCCCAGCUCUGGAAGCUAUUUGGCAAAACUCAGCUGGAAAAGGCUUGGCAGACUUCAAUUUCAGGAGUGUGACUGGGAAGUUUAAUCAGCUUGUGUACAAUUACCCUAUCCGCAUCCCAGAAAGAUUUUCUUUGGUCAUUCGCUCUUUGUUGACGCAAGAAGGAAUUUGCUUUACUCUCAAGCCUGAAUUUAAGUUCCUUGAGGUUGCAUAUCCGUAUAUAGCAAACCGUCUUUUGACAGAUCCAAAUCCUGCUCUCCGUGAACGGCUGAUACAGGUGUUAUUCAAAGAUGGAUUGUUCCAGUGGAAACGACUAGAAAACCUUAUAGUUCUUGCCAAGGAAAAUGUGUCAAAGAUGAGUACCAAUCCUGCACUGAAGAGCAAUAGCCUGCAAACUGUGUCGAGUCAAAAACUGGAGAAGAAACUGGAUCUCACUGACACAAUAAAAGAUGGAGCACGGCUGUUCCUUAUCGAUUCUGGGAUCAGGAGACAACUUGUAAUGGCUUUCACUGAGGACUCCAGGUUGCACGUAGACGAGCUUGUUGAUGUAUACAAACUGGUGGAAGAUCAGAUAGAUAUACCUUCAGUUGCUCUUGAGGUUCUCCAAGAUUUGCCAUCGGUCGCACGCGAUUUCAUGCUUUCGUGGAGUGAUUCUGUUCUGUCAGAUCGCCAAAACUAACCCAGCCAAAACGCUGGACAGCAAGCGGAGACCUGCUAGUUAGGAACAGCAAGCAACUUACCUCGAGUUAAUCUGCAAAUAGAGAUAUAGAUAGAUAGACAAGAUUCUUCCCCUAUUCUUUGGUGGGGCACUCCUGUAUAGCAAGAUUUGCUCGUGCUCGACCUGCACAUGCCACUUGUAUAGUGGAACACGGACUUGUAUAUAACUGGAGUUUGUAAUAGUAAUUCUGGAACAAAAACAGCAUAUAGAUAUAGUAGUAGUUUUGUUUUUGUAUAGUAAGUAGUACGUACUGUAGUAUAUAUGCAAAGGGGUAUGCUGAUUUGUAUACGAUUUCC